GGUCGGAGGAGUGAGCCAUCCAGGCUGAGGAGAGACAAAGCAGCGCCAGCACGAAUCACCUCAGACUGCACCAUCUUCAUCAUCAUCAUCAUCUUCACCAGCACCACCACCACUGUCACCUCAGCAGCAGCAGUGUGCAGGUUUCCCGCGGUGUUGAGAGGCGACGUCGGGCUGACUCGGGAUCAGCCCAUGCAGGAGGAUGGAGAUAGAGAAGAGGACGAAUGGGUUCGACUACCCGGAAAGAAACAACACCAAGUCCGUCAACGACUUUUACACUGACCAUCCGAUGGAGUCUGAACAGAAUGACAGCAUGGAUGCAAUCAAUGAAAGUAAUCUAGAUGAUCCAGCUGACCAGCGUACUUGCCUUAUCUGUGGAGAUCGUGCCACAGGCCUGCACUAUGGCAUCAUCUCUUGUGAGGGCUGCAAGGGCUUCUUCAAGCGCAGCAUCUGUAACAAGCGUGUGUACCGCUGCAGCCGUGACAAGAACUGUGAGAUGUCACGCAAGCAGCGCAACCGCUGCCAGUACUGCCGCCUGCUCAAGUGUCUGCAAAUGGGGAUGAACCGCAAAGCAAUCAGGGAGGAUGGCAUGCCAGGAGGGAGGAACAAAAGCAUCGGGCCUGUUCAGAUCACGGAGGAGGAGAUAGAGCGGAUCAUGUCAGGGCAGGAGUUCAAGGAGGAUGCCCCGGAGCACAACUGGGGCAACAACGGUGACAGUGACCACAGCUCUCCAAGCAAUGGAGCUUCAGAGGGCAACCAGCCAUCACCUGCCUCCACUCUGUCAUCCAAUCGCUCUGUGGAAAUGAACGGCUACACGGCAGCCCUCAGGGACCAGUACAUCAACACCUCCAUGUCCACACACUACCAGCUCCUGCCUCACCUGUUCAGUUAUGCUGCCCAGUCAGGCCUGCUGGCCCCCCAGCCCCGCAGCAUCUACCCACAGUCCCACCCCCUGGUGCUGCAGCUGGUGGCAGCUGAAGAUCUGGCCCCACUGGCCACACCUAUGCUCAUAGAAGACGGGUACAAGGUGACGCAGGUGGAGCUGUUCUCCCUGCUGUGUCGCCUGGCAGAUGAGUUGCUCUUCCGUCAGAUCUCCUGGAUUAAGAAGCUGCCAUUCUUCUGCGAGCUUUCCAUAGAGGACUACACCUGCCUGCUAAGCUCCACCUGGCAGGAGCUCAUCCUGCUCUCCUGCCUGACUAUCUACAGUGCCCAGAUCUUCGGAGACCUGGCUGACAUCACUGCCAAGUAUACACCGUCUGAUGACGAGCUGCAGGGCUUCAGUGAGGAUGGGAUGGAAGUCAUGGAGAGGUUGAUAUAUCUGUUUCGUAAGUUCCACCAGUUGAAGAUCAGUAAUGAAGAGUAUGCAUGUAUGAAGGCCAUCAACUUCCUCAACCAAGAUAUCAGAGGACUGUCCAACACCUCCCAGCUUGAGCAGCUGAACAAGCGCUACUGGUAUGUGUGUCAGGACUACACUGAGUACAAGUACCCGCACCAGCCCAAACGCUUUCCUGAAAUCAUGAUGUGUCUGCCGGAGAUCCGCUGCAUCGCAGGAAAGUUGGUGAAUGUCCCUCUGGAGCAGCUCCCGCUCUUGUUCAAAGCAGUCUUGCACUCCUGCAAAUCCAGCCUGACCAGCUACAGGACCGGCCCAUUGCCCUGCGUGACCACCUCCGCAGGAAACUAGACCCCCCGACACGCAGAGUCGAGGGAUUGGUCCCCUCCCUUGUGAAUGUGACAAGCAGCUAGUUUGUUUUUUGUAACUUUUUUCUUUAUAUAUUUAUUACAUGACAGAGCUGAAUGUAUGCUGAUUUACACUGUGCACAUGCUUCUGUACAAAACAAAUGCUCGUAGAUGCAUUGGUCUUUGGAGUUUACAAGUGUGUAUCCAGUUUGCUCAAUGUGUCGGUGUUGCCAUUGUUAGAACUAGACUUUAAGAGAGUUUAUUUUAUUCAGACGGGGGCGGAUAGACACGUGAUGAGUGUUUUGAGACUACCUCAGGAAGAUGUUAUGAUGUUAUGUAUUUUCAGGUACCUUUUUUUGCUGUUAAAUGAAGAGAGGCCCAAAACCAAAUUCCUGUGGAUGCUUUGGCAACUCAAUCAGAGACCGAAUGUUCAAAGGAGCUGCAUAAAUCAAAGAUUGAAAUCCAGUCUUUAGUUACACUGAAAAUGCUAAGUUAGUUAGAAAAACUGAGCUUUUUUAUCUGUAUGGACUCUCAGAUAUUCUGCUAAUGAGAGGUUAUCUUGUCAGUUUAACAUUCCAUGAGUUAAGUGACAGUUGUUGGUUCUGUGGGAUCUUCAUUGAAAAACGGAGCAUACGGGUAUUUUUUACAAUCAUAGACUGGGGGUGUAAGGCUUUAAUGAAGAGGAAGACGAGAAUAUGUAGGUUUGCUGUUAUAGUUUCUAUUGUUUUCCUUUUUUGACCAAAGUGUUAUGCAAUGCUUUUUUCAAACACCCAUUGAAUGGUGGGGAGCUGAUAGCUUCACAAAGAAAAAAGGUUUAUUAUCAAUGAAGGAUCAAGAUAAGAAAUUAAUCAAUCUACGUCAGAGGGGAGAACCCUUUGCUGGACAGAUGAGUAUGUUGCCGCAUUUCAUUCUAAAUGCUACUAAACAUGCGCACAUUCUUAUGCACACAUACUAUAUGCAUAGAGCAGACUUUAUUCCCAGUCUUUGCUUCUCCCUUUGCUUCUCAUGAGACGGCUCAUUAUUUGGGCUCUUUUGCCUGUAGUACCAGGAACUUGGUGCUUUUUCAACAUACCUAAAUCUAAGGUCCACAAUACUGUUGUGUUGUGGGUUAAAGUGGUAGUCUGUGUAAUGCUGAGGUCUUCAAUUCAUUCAGAACACACCAAAAUCAUCAAACAUAACUUUAGGUGUUCUAAAUAGCAAGAGAUCUUCACAGGUGAGUUGAUGUAUACUUGACCUAGUAGAACCAAACUAGAACCAACAACAACUGGAUUAAAAUCAUAGAGGUCAAAUUAACCCAAGUCCAUGAGAAGUGAUUAACAGUCGGCGGUCAUUGCCGAUGGUUCAUUUUAAGCUGGCUAGCCUCUGUUAGCUUUUCCAGCUUCAAACCAUUUGGGAAUACCCCAAAUUAAAAACCAACUGGUCCAUUCAAAAGUUCUGUUUGCCGGGAACGUAAGACUGUUCUCAGGUCUUACCCGGUCCAAUCAAAAUUUUGCACAGACCUAAGACCAGUUGUAGGUUAAGUUAGACCUGACUCCAAUCUAAAGGGGACUAGUAAGUGUGACCUGGUUCAGUUCAGGUCUUCAGGGUUUAAAGGUUGUUCCGAAAAUCAAUAAGGUAAAUUUUAAGUUUAUCAACAGCAAAGAACUUGCGGAUUGUCACUUUAACCCAGACGAAAGGGGAUUCAGUUUGAUUGAUCUGGGCCAUGUCUUAAUGAUUCUAGGCUAGUUUUAGAGAAUUUCGGUGACCUCUGGCUUGCAUAUAACCUCUGUGACAGAUAUGCACAUUGUUAAAAAAUAAAGCCAUAGAAAAUGGUCUUUAUUUUUGAAGUAUGAGAGGAUCACUUCAAACUACUUGAAGUUUCUUCUUGGUUUUCUUCAAGUUUUUAGCCGUUUCAUGACGUAUGAACAAUUUUGAAAUGCAGACACAAUGCAGUUCUUGCAAUGACUCUUUUUUGCACACGACGGUGAGGUGUGGAGACCUUGACUCUCGGCCACUGCCCACCAAGCGUGUUCCUCUCUCUCAGGUCCCUGCCGACCUGGAUUUAAACAGGGUAAAGUGAGUGUUAUGUAUUGCAUUCAGGAGUUCCUCAGUGACCAUGCUGAUGUACUUGUAGUAUUAGUAGAUGUAGGUUCCAGGACAUUGUAGGUCCUCUGUAGAAAAAGUGUUUUUUUUCUCCACUUUAUUUCCCCCAAGGUCCCCACUCCCCCCCAUUCGGUGAAAGUGAAUGUAGUUUUAAGGUGAGACAUGCAGUGUGGAUUUUUCUCUUGGCAGUGAUGAUGGAUGGAGCGAGAGUCUGUGGCAUCAUCAGAAUGUCAUGGCUUCUCCUGCCAGUUUCUAUCUACCACUCUGUGUGCAGCAUUAACUCUACCACCAGUCCAAUGCAGUGAUUAUCUUUCAAAUGUUUCAGUUAGCCUCUUUACAUCUUUUGAUUAUUAUACAUUUUCAUGUACCUUUGUAGUUAUUGUGAAUGUUUUGGUUUUUUGUUGUUUUUCACUUUUUUGCAGAGUGAAGAGAAGGCUCUAUCAUUUUCAAAAUUUUCAACAGAUUCUUGACUUUUUUUACAUUAAUAAUUACUCUUUCCCUUGUCCACAGUGGUUUAUGAAAACAAAGAAUUACUCAGGCAAUGUCAGCUACAUUUUAUAUUGACAAUGCUGACAGUUUUUUAUGCAUUAUUUGAUUUAUUUACAAUGUGAUGUUUUGGAGCAAUUGUUGGUUUCAAACUUGAAUUACACAAGUUUUCUACUACCAUUGUUCUCAGAGCAGCUGCGUCAGGUGCAUAGACAAUAUUAUCUGUGUCCUUACGGUAAAUUAUACAUCAUCAUCACACAGACUUCUAAGGUUAAAGGGUUAUUUUAGUUAAAUUAUAUUAAAUAUACUCGAAAAAAAAUUCUCACUCACCCCAAGGUAUAUGCCGCCUUGGAAGUGGUUUUGAUUUGAUCAGCUGCAGUUUUGAAAUAUCUGUCUUUCACCCCUAUAAAAUGGGAGUGGAUAGAGUUUAGCUUGUGGUGCUCACAUUAUUAGGAAAUUUAAUAUUUAAAAACAUGUCUUUCUGCAAAAAUCAGUUCUUUAGUUCUAACUGGAAUUGGGUUUUCAUUGGAACUACUUUCUAUCAAAGAAAUAGUCAAUAUGAAACCAGCAGCAGUGUGUAUAGUGCGCAGAGACUUAAAAAUAUAUAUUUAUAAUGUACUUUCGUCAGUUAUGUAAGCACCACAUGGAUAUCUUAAAACCGAGCUUAUACAACCAGAACUAUAUACGGUGCCAGGUGAGAAAAUUCGUUUAUGCAAAUUUGAUGAUGUGACCCUUGAAUCCACAUGUUCUCAGGGAUAGAUUUUUUCAUGUAAUAGAAAUCUGUGUGAUGUGAUCGAUAAUGUCAAAGGAAAAAUCCCCCAAAAAUGCUUAAAAAUAGAGUUUAAUGACAGAAAUUCCAAAGAUUUGAAAUACAAGUGUUAUCUGUCAAGUUUGGUGUGAGAAUGGAAAGACCAAGGACUGCCAUUUUUGCAUUAAUGUUCAACAGUCUAGCUGAUCUGUACACAGAAACAGUCAGGGAAACAUAGAACCCUGCUAACUGUGUAGUAGGAUUACCCAAGAAAAUGUUCAGGGUGGCAAAGAACAAAGUCCCCUCAUGUCAGAGUAACUCCAGGAAUGUAGUGAACAUCACAGACUGCUAUGAUCUGACGGUGGAAGAGGAUCUGAAGUGGGAUUUUUCCUUUAAUGUAGCAGCAAAUGCUAAUCAAAGUUUAAAUAAAAAUAUCUACAGCUACAUUACUGCCACUGCUCUGACUUCCUAACUGGCAUAUUUUGAUACACAUAUGCUGAUGAAAGUGUUCUUUUUAUUUGCUGUAUUUGUAUUUGAAUUUUUUUGUGCAGACAAGGGAUGUCAUUUGCAAUUUCUGUACUGAAACUACCUCUUUAUUUGUCAUCAUGUUACUUUCAAAUAGGUGAUUUUUUUGUCUUAUUUAUUGGUUUCAUUGCACCAAUGUUCUGUUAUUUUGUCUCUUAUUUCACUCAGUGACCUCUCAGCUUUAGAACACGUGCUGAUGCCUGUUUUAUUUCUCAUUUUUCGAAUGCUUAAACACGUUGCCUCAUUUUCCUUUCUAACUCAGACUCGUCUGCUGCCAGCAGCUUUUAUUUCUCUGAUCUUUGACAUUUUUACAGGUUAAAUUAGUGUCAUCUUUUAAUUCACUCCUGCCCUGUUAUCCAUACCAAAGAUGAGAGAAUGUCAAUGACAAUGUCCGCGUACUGAUUAAGCAUUCACGUGAUGCAGGGCAUUCUUACUGCAGUUAACUAGUGCUUUAUUUUCCCGUGCUGACCUUUUUUAAGUACGUCUUGUUAUCUUGUGAAGGGCUGCUGGUUGUUUACACUAUAAUCACCAUAUCAUGAUAUUGUGUGUCUGGGUUUUUUCUGUGGUCCUAUGAUUGUUGUUCAUUGACAGGGCCUUUCAAGGUAACAUGUAGUGUUAACAAUGGGACUGCUAUCAACUGUGACUUUGUUAAUGCUGCUCGUGAUCAAUUAUCAAUCGGAGAAUGUAAAUGUUUAUCUCCUGUUUACAUGCUCUCACUUGCUCAUGUCACCCUGAUGCAGCGGCCUGCAACAACAGACAGUGCAGUGCAGUGUUAUCACUGGGGUUGUACUUAUAACGCUUUUAAAUGGAAGCUGCCAGCCUUACUUACUGAUGUCAUGAACGUAUGAAAAUGUCUGCCUUCAAAGUUAUAUUUUGUUUUUGUUUUUCAUCUUUCCUGUAACUUUAAGGACUGAUACAGAGAUUAUAUCCACACUUUAAGCAAUGUGAAAACCAUGUUUAACAUCCAUUAUAACCUUAGGAAAUGGUUUUCAAUCGACCUAUCAAACUGUUGGCUUUAUUAGUAAACUGACUUUUUCAAAAAUAAUAACUUUUACAGUCUAGUCAACUGACAGUUUUCACUGCUUGUGUUGGACUCCUGUUGCAAUAGUCUAAAGGUGCUGCCACUGGAUAGUCAAUGUCAUAUUAACUGUAGGAAUAGCCAUUAAAAACGUAUAGAAAAGAAACGUAAAGUCAGAUUUUGCACUAUUUUAUUUUUUUGCAGAUGUCGUCAGGGAGGAACAACUAUUAAAAGCCACUACAGGCAAACAACACAAACAUGUGUUGAACCCUGGUGCUGUAGCACUGUGAUAACUAUGUUGUUCAGGAGCACAUUAUGAUAAUGAGAAGAGUUUUGAGGAAGUGAAGGAGAAUAAAAAUCUGACAUAUCUCAGGGAAGAAAUAGAUUUACACAUGUCAACACCUGUGAUCAGACAAUUGAAACGCCUUUAUGUUUUUCUCUCAGAAAUCUCUUGUCUGCUCUUGUUACUUUAACUACCUGUGAAGAAUGUGAUCCAUUACGUGUUAAAAGCAUGUUUAGAAUAUGUUAGGACUUGAAACCAAAU